AUGGAUUCAAAAGAGAAAGAAAAAGAGUCCCAGAACAAAAGCGGGGUCGACUAUUCUUUUCUGAUAUCCGAAUACGCGAAGCAGCUAGAUUUUCCAGUCAGAGAUCAAUAUUUACAGAAAAUAGCGGCAAUUGGAAUUGAUCCAGUUUUAGUUGAAGGGAAGGACUUUAAGCUGGACUGUUUGCCUCCUGUUGAAUCCACAGAUAUUUUGUGGUAUCUUGUCUUGGAGACAAGUUUCUACACUCAGAAACAGUUUAAAGCUUUCCGAAGUCUUGAAGCAUAUAACCAAAUGGUCUCUGGUUUUAUCGCAAGCGUGCAAGGCUACAUAAUCGCCGACAAGUUUCUUGUUUUAGCAAAGGUGAGACAUUCCCAGCGUAUGAACAACUCUCUUAUUUCAUGUUGGGUUAUAACAGAAAGAGAAGGAACAAUUUUGUUUGCACACUGCUUAGGUUGCAAGGCUGGCCUGGCAGAAACCUGUUCGCAUAUAGCAAGCGUGCUAUUUUAUCUGGAAGCGUGGACAAAAAUAAAUGGCAGACUUGCCUGCACGCAAGUGAAGUGCUCGUGGCUUUUACCUACCUACGUCAAACAAGUAGAAUAUGAAAAGGUGCAAGAAAUAAACUUUACAUCCGCAAGGAAAAUGAAAAACGAUUUAGAUGCCAAGAUUGAGAACCUCUCCAAUGUUUCCAGCCCUGAUAACUCUGCUAAAGGAAACGUGUCAAAGGAGAUCCCUCUUCCCUCAAAACCGGAAAUGGAUACCUUUUAUGCUAAACUUAGUAAGUGCAGUAGGAAGCCCAUCGCUCUAAGCUUAAUGCCCAAGUAUGCAGACAGCUAA